CGAAUCCUAUUGCCAUUCAAUAACGGAGUCAACACUAACUUCACGUUAGAGGCCACUAAUGAUAACUGUUAUCAAUGGUCAUCUUCACGUCUGGAUGUGGCGAGUGUUGAGACAUUGGAUGAGACGAAGAGCUGCUCACGAAAAGCAGUCGUUUCUGUUGUGUCAACGGUUGCCAAACGUCAGUCAUCUGUAGUGACGGCCACUGAUAAUGCUUCGGGUUCUGUUAUUCGGUGUGAUGUGGAGAUCGAUGUCAUCGAUUCCAUCGAAAUCGUCACCACUUCUCAUGAGAUUGUUUUGGAAGACUUACCGGAAAUACUGGAAGUGAAGGCUAAGAAUGAUAAGAAUGACACGUUCACAUCAGUCGCUGGCAUUCAGUUUGAGUGGACUCUGAGUCCCGUUGAUAUACUCAGAUACAGGACGUGGUCCUCCUCUUCAUAUACCGGCCCACCUUUCGUCCACUUUUGGGAAUCACGUGAACUGAAAGGGUCGGCCAUUCUUAUAGAAGGCAUUCGCACGGGUUCUGCGAAAGUGACGGCCCGUAUAGUCGGUGAUGACUACAAGAAGGUAAAGACGGCUGAAAUCACGCUUCAUGUGGUGGCAAAUCUGGGACUCAUUCCUCCUAAUGUCGUAUAUUUGAUGAGAGGAUCAAAGAUUGAGUUCAAGGCAGAGAUGGCUAAACAGGGCCCUCGAGUGGCACUCACUCUCCCUUCACCCCAAUAUUACCUCAAAGUGUUGGACCCAAAGAUCGCACAGUUAGACGAACAGAGCAGUCAAGUAGAGGCCGUCAAAGAAGGACAUACAUCGCUGUUAUUGCUGGACAGGAAUGUGGCCACAAGUGAGAGCUCACGACAGCCCACGACUGACAUCCAUGUCAUGCCUCCCAGUUAUGUCUCCAUUCACGUGACGCCGGGAGAGAACUUUGCGUUGUGUGAGUUCACCAGUUAUGUCAUCACAUUCACCAUACAUGACGACUGGCACCACCGACUCUAUCCGGCCGCCAAUCUUCUCCUCAAAGUCACCUUUCCGUCCCGUUAUUUCCAUAUCAACGAGUCCUCCACUAAUGGCACCUUUCAUGUCAUCCGGACCAUCAAUUCAGGCAAUUGCAAGAUAACGGCCCAACUGUUAGGCGCAGGAACUGCUAAACUACCGGUUCCUUUGGAAGUGUCACAAGAAGUUACAAUAUAUCGAACACUUCUCUUAACUCCAAAUCUGAUUCUAUUGCCAUGGAUUCCAUCUGUGAAGCCUUCAUACACGGUAUACGUGACGGCCAGUGGGGCCACCGGUCAAUACCGAUGGGUUACGAACAACAGUUUGGUUGCGACCGUUAAAUACAAACAGGAUUUGUCUUCUCGUGUCACUGUUGUGACCAAAACAGAAGGAGAGGCUCUCAUCAGUUGCCAAGACGUCCACAACUCUGUCUUCUCGGCUAAUAUGAGAGUGUCGGUGCAGCCAUUAGUGGACAUCGAAAUACUUCCCGUUAUUUUGGAGACACACAUCGGCGGGACUGUUGUUCUCCCGAUCGCUGUUUAUGGCUAUGAAUCGGAAUCGACUAAAACUAAACGUGUUUUUGACGACUGCUCGCAAAUACCAUUUGAAGUGGAAAUUAUUGAGAAGACUCGCGUCCGAUACGACCCCAACAAUGUAGUGGCGGGCGUUGGGAAGCGGUCGUGUAGGAGUCUGGCCUUUGAGUGCAUUUCUACUGGAAAUACUAGAGUUUGGAUUAGAUAUGGAAAGGAACAGUUGAGCACAACUGCUAUAAUUGGGUGUCAUUUGCCUCUCAAAGCUGUUCAUCCCGAAGAGAUUGCGAUCAUGUCUUUGGGCGCCAGUAUUGAUGUGGCGUUUGAAGGCGGGCCCCGUCCCUGGACUCUCCACCCGGAGGGACAUUACUCUAGAUUGACAUCUUCCGAGUCAUCGAUUGUGUCAUCGCAUGAGAUCGUCGAUCGGUAUCGUUAUAACAAAGAUCUGCACGUAUUUCGUGUCAAAUGUCUCCAAUACGGGGAGACAUUGCUUGAGUUAGAUGUCGGCAAUUUGGCGUCGCCUACACUCCCCAAUCCGGCCAAUGCUAGGGCUGACAUCAAAAUUCUGUGCAGUCGUCCCGCGUCUCUCAUCAUUAAACCCAAACUGAAGUCUUCGUGUCCUUUGUCUGCACCGCAAGACUCGGUAUUUCCGGUCGAAAAGAAUCAAAACACGGAAAUAGAAGUGGAUGUACGCGACGACUCC